UUAAAAAGUGAAUUAUGUAACAGAAUUAUAAGUAAAACCCAAAUAUAUAUGAACUUCUACCAGAAGUAUCUACAAAAAUGACUCAUAUUUCAUAUGCUAAUGCAAUAAAUUAACAAAAAACUUUGAUAAUCAUAGGUGCAGGUCGUAAAAUAAAAGUAUUUGAAAUUCCUUAUAUUAAUGGACAACCAGGGUAGAUGAAAGAGAUAUAAAAACUGAAAGAACAUUCAAAUGAUGUUGUAUCUCUUAAAUUCUUUAAUCUUCCAAAUUAAAAUGACUCAUUUAUAUCUGGAGCAUCAAUGGUUGAUAAUUCAAUAAUAAUAUGGUAAAAGUUGCCUAAGCAAGACUCCUCUAUUUGUUAUGGACUUUAGUAUAGAUUGAAGGGACAUUCAGAUUAAGUAAGUUAAUUACUUAUUCAUCCAAUUAGAGAAGAUAUUAUAAUAUCUGGUUCUCAAGACUCAACAAUAAAAUUUUGGUCAAAAGAUCAUUAAUGGACUUGUUAACAAACAUUUAAGGACUUUUCAAGACCUAUAAAUGAUAUGGCAAUCAACUAUGAAGGUAAUAAAUUAGUAUCUUGUUCAGAUGAGAAAUUUCUAUUGAUAAUGGAACCUAAUCAAUAAUCUUAAUGGUAUGUUAAAUAAAAAAUCAAAUUCCCUUAAGAAAUUAUUCGUAUAUGUUUUAUUACUAAUGAUCUCUUGACAGUAUUACCAAAUAAAGGAACUAAACUUCAUUUUUUUGUUUAAAAUUAACAUUAGCAUUUUAUUAAAUCAUUAGAUCAUUUGAAUUUAGCAGAACCUGGUGAUUCUUGUUUUGGAUUAUUUCCACCAUGUUAUUCUUAAAUUACAGAAACUCUUAUUAUAAAGAAUGGAAAUAAAUUGAAUUUAGUAAAUUUCAAAUUUCCUAUUUCUAAAGAAGGAAUUAAAAUAAAGGAAAGUGAAGAAUUUUGGACAUGCAAAUUACAAUAAGUAAUUGAAUUAUAAGAUUCCUUUAUGUUUGGCUCGAUGAGUUUAGAUGGAUAAUAUAUUGUAUUGUGGGAUAUACGUUCAUUUGAUAUUCAAAUUAGAAAAUACAUAUCUCAAUCUUGA